CCUCCUCCUCCUCCCUGCUUCAACCGCGACCCCGGCACCAAUCCCUCUGUAGGAUCGGUGGCCACCAGGGUCAGGCGUGUGAGGGCGCGGUUAACGUCAGCACUGUACACCCCCACGGCCUGCGGGCAACGGCCCCUGACCCAAGCCGGGGGGGGGCAAGGAAAAUUCAGGACACGGCUGAGCGGCCUCGCGCCCCCAUCGGGGCCAAAUCGAAGAACCACGAUGCACUCUUAUUCAGCCGAUCCGCGGCCCUCCCCGGCGAAGGGAGGCCAGGCCAUGAGAGCCCAGGCGGCCCAAAGCAACGGAACCAGGGGGCGGCGGCAAGCGCGAAAGCGCCAGGAGCGAUUCAACGAUGACAAAAACAAAAAAACACAAUCCGUCGUAACAGCGCUGGGGCUGGCCAGCGGACCGCAAGAGGAGGGAGGAGGAGGAGAGAAAUGGGAGGGGGUCGUUGGCGACAUGGUUCCGAUUUCGCCGCCGAGGGGGGGGGGGGCACCGGCAGCAGCGCGCCUCCAGCACGCGCCGCUCGGACUGCCACGCCCCCGCGCUGGGGCGCUUUCAGGCCGCCCUGCCUCGUGUCCGCGUGCGCGUGCCAGCCAGCGGGGCGGUCAGGGCGCCCGCCGCGGCCGGGCAGGAAAGCGGCCGCGGAUGGGGGGGGGGACUCCGCCUCGAUGCCUGCGUCUUCGACAAUUCCCCCCAAACUUUUUCACGUCGGCGGCGAGGCAGAAGUGCUGCUCCAGCGGCCAGCGAUCAGGGGCGACGGAGAGGCGAAUUGGCCGGCGUGCAGUAGGGGGAAAAAAGGGGCGAGCAGCAAAGAUGCCUGGGCCUGGAUCGCCAGCCGCACGGGCAGGCAGAUCACUCCUGCUUGGCCGGGGCGACGGCCGCGGGCGCGCCGCGGGCCGCUGGCUCGUCGGGAGCCUGCGGCCGCGCCGAAGCGGGGGGGGGGAAGCGGCUCGGCGGGAGCCUCCCGGCCGCGGCGGCGGACAAGACAAGACAAGACAAGAGCACUUGCGAGCCAGUGGCCCGAUGUCCUCUGAGGCGAGCUGUAUCAGCGGGCCGUGAGUAGCUAGUUACUCUCACCAACGUCGUUCGCUCCUGGCCCCAAGACUGUGGGUGCACGAACGCGGUGGCAACGUUGUGAAGGAGCCUUGCGUAUUGACCUCGGCCUUUUUGACCUCGCGUUCCGUUGUUCCCCAAUCAAAGCUUGCCUGUAGGGGUCGUAUCGGAGUCAUAUGGUUAGGUGAGGUUCG